AUGGACGACGAUACCCUCGAGCAGCAUCCUCUGGGAGCACUUGGAGCUUCAAUCACAUCCAGCGUGGACAUGAUGCACGCGCCGGCACGCAUUACAACAUCAACAUCGACGCUGGAAUGGGAAAUGCAGAGGAGUGAGAUGAAAAAGGAAAUCACUCCUAGCAUGAAUGCAUUCUUGACGGAGAUCAGAAACAAGUUGCACCAGCUGGCGAACUUAGAGUCGCGCAUCCUCCCCACAGAGAGCUUUAUGCAGAGCGUGACUGGAAGUCUUGCAUCCCAGACCACAGCUUUGGAUAGCCUGUGUUAUGCUGUGGAGCAGCUGAGAGCUGAAAAUGAGCUUGCCAGACGGUACUCUCGAGUCUCCCUCAAUAAGCGAACCUCGCGUGCUUCGCAGAACGUCCCACCUUCACCGCCCAAUAAAUCGCCCAAUCUGGCCAGUAUUAUGCUGCAUACGCCUGGUCGCGUGCCUGGACCUGCAGAUGACAAUGCCCCUUCUUUGCUGAAUGGCUCUUCCAGCUCCUACAGCAAGCACUCGAUUGAGAAAGUCUCGAUGGAUCGGUACUCUGGGGAUCGCAACUCUGUCGAUCGCGAAGUACCGGAGUUGGUCGCAGCGAGUGGAAGCAACCAGCCUCCAAAGAAUUCCAAGCAACGCCCUUCGGACGCCUUAGUACCGACAGGCAAGAAGAAGCCGCAGUCUCGCACCCCGAGCUUGCAAAGCGUCGACUAUAAACCGUCGGGGUCUGCUUAUGGCAUGAUGGAUGAGCUUGAGGCAUUCACAGCUCAACAACUGAUGCACAGGCGCGGGAAGGCUUCCGAGCCGGAAGCUAGCAGGUCUGUUGAGGUUGGCAUUGACUUCAGAGAUGAAGAUGCGGCGCAGAAACCAGCAGCACAGCAGCCACCUGCAGACAUGGGCGAGGCCAGGAUCUUCGGAAAGCCCAGAGCUGUCACGCUCAAGGGAGCCAAGGACAAAGAAGGAAUGCUCAAGAACUGUCGACGCAUGUCCUUAGAUGAGCUCCGGGAGAACUACGAUGCGGUCAUGGCUCGGCUCUCCGCGGAUGCAACCCCGAAAGCAGCCAAGAGCCGCACCAAUCUCACCAACCAGACCGACCCCUCGCACAUCCGGGAACUUCGAGAUAACUGGAGCAUUUCAACAGCCCUGCCAUGCAUCUCAUGGGUCCUUUUGGGCUUGUUCGGUGUCAUGGACUUCGGGGAGGCUUGCUGUUGGCGUGUCUUUUCGAGGUGGGCGCAUGGCGUCUUUCCUGUGAUCCUGGUCUCGAUGCUUGUCUACGCAAGCUCGCUGGGUGCUGUGGAGGCCAUUGACACCGAAGCCUCCUGCUUCUACUUUGCAGGUGCCAUUCUGGCAACCAUCAGUCUUCGACGAUGUGGCUUGCAGUCUUUGCUAAAUGGCAGCGAGGAGUCGCUAGAUGAAUACGCAUUCAAGGCUGGUUUCUUGAAGGACUGGCGACGCUUGUCCAAAAGGCGUUUGGUGGAAAUGCUCUUUUUGCUCGCCCCGAUGAUCGUCUGCAGGGGGAUCGUCAGUAUAUUGGCAAACAGAGGAGCCUGGAGCAGUAUGGACGUUCUAGCUCUUCUCUCGUUUGCAGUUAUGGAGCUUCAGUUUGCCUUGGUGGCAUAUGUGCUGCUCCAUAUAUGCGGUGGUUUGGAGCUUGCCAUCGACAGCUUCGGCUUCCGUUUCUUCAAGGAGAUGGACCUCGAGCAGGCGAUCGACGAGUGGAACAUGCUGCAGGCGACCUUGGGGCAGGUAUCUGGACGUCUGAGUGGGGCUAUCUUGCUUCUCGGGAUGUCCUGCCUGGGGCCACUGGUCUUGCUCGCAGAGAGAGUGUUGCGCAGCCCUGACUUCCUGCAAGCCAACAUUGACUCGGCAUUCUGGAUUGCCUGGCUCUAUCCGCCUGUGCUACAAUUCCUUUAUGCAAUUGCUCGAGCUGCAUCCGUGACCGGGAGGGCAUGCCGCGUGGCGCCGCUAGUGAACUCGUGGAAGUUUGAAUCUGAAUCCCCCGUCGAGGAUGACGAGGUGGAGUCAGGGAUGGAUCCAGGGCGACAGUACGUUGUGCAGUACAUCAUCCAGAGUGAGGCAGGCUUUUACAUGAAAGGGGAAGAGGCACUGAGCCCGGGACUCGAAGAGGGCGAAGACGAGGAGGAGGACGACGAGGAUGAUGCAGGCCCCGGGCUUUCCGCAUCUUGCGCAACAGGGUUGAUGGCUGUGUCGACGCUGGCGGUGGCCGUCAACUCCGAGUUUCUCGUUGACGUGAUCGAGUCAGUGGUGCGGUCAAACGGCCUCCCCGAGAGCUUUAUUGGAGUUGUCCUUCUGCCGAUCGCUGGCAACGCUUGCGAACAUGCAAGCGCCAUCCGAUUUGCCAUGCAGGAUCGGCCCGGGCUUGCCAUUGGCAUAGCAGUUGGUUCUGCGACCCAGAUCUCUCUCCUCGUGGUUCCUUUCUCCGUUAUUGCAGCCUGGUUUAUGGACAAGCCUUUGGAUCUGGACUUCGGAGUCCUGAACACAGCAGCCCAGGGCUUAGAGAAGAUGGGGCUCAAUUCCCUUGACACCAUUGGCCCUUUGAUUGGCACGCGGUGA